AUGGCGGAUAUUUCUCGUCAGCCUGACUCCGCAGCUCAGCCGUUGGAUCCCGUCCUCGUGGAGGGAGCGCUUUUUUUCCGGCCAGAGGAGGGGGGGGAGGCGGAGAUUGCGCAAGGCGCAAAAGCUGCUGCGGAAAACCUGCAGCAAAAGCAGGAGCAGCAAGGCGCGCAAAAUUACCGUUUAAACGGGCGUGACGUGGCGCACAGGGACGGUGCAUGGUCCUUUCGUUUGAACCACAGCAACGCGGGUAGAACAAGCGAGGCGGGUGAAGCGGGAAGCACGGGAGCGGAUUUAGGCGUGCAAUUGCGAUCAAUCAACGUGAGAACGACCCGGAACAGAAACACCCCCCGUACUAGCUGGGAGCGGCAGGAUGGCUCUACCCUCGACUCGUCGUCUUCCCCUGACAGCGCGUCCCCGUUUGGAACUGCUUCGGUUACAGCAACGGAGGCUGGAGACUCCCUAGCGGUGUACCAACGAGCGGUGGCUAAGCUAGUGGCGUUUGGGUUCAACGGGAAGGAGAUUAACGACCAUGCUCGCCGCCUCAUCGCAUUGGGUGCGGGCGGUGUUGUCCUCUUCGCCCGCAACUUCUCCGAUCCCCGCCAGCUGGCCUCUUUCUGCGCCGACCUCAAGCGGGCGGCGUUCCCUCGGCGUCUUCUCAUCAUGGUGGAUCAGGAGGGCGGCAGAGUCACGCGCCUCGGCCCGCCCUUCACCUGCAUCCCCGCCGCCCGCACCAUCGGCUUUUCCCGAAACCCUAAUCUCGCUCGGGCGGCUGGCCGGCAUGGGGAUACAUCGAUCGAUAGCCACCUGGCGCUUCCCUAUUCGUCGCACGAUCUCAGCCGGCUUGAAUCUGUGGAGCUGGUGCCGUUUGCGCGGGCGGCAGUGGAUGCUGACGUGGCAGCAGUGAUGGUCGCCCACGUGGCAGUGCCUGCACUUGUCACGUGGCAGCCUCCCCCUUCCAUGGAGUACCUCCCAGAGAGUGUGAAACGUGUCAUCAGUCCACGGUGGGAUCUGUUUUCCCCCUACAGGAGGCGGAAGCAGUGGGACGAGGCGAGGAGAGAAGCAGAAGCAACCUUGGGAUUGCCGCGAUCGCUCUCUGAGUCUGACCUGAGGGGUUCUGGCAGUGCUGGUGAUAAGAGUAGCCAUGACAGCAGUAGAAAUAGCAGUAACAGUUGUGUUACCACUGGAGCUGACACAGUCAAAUCCCCAUCAACCACACAACAGCCACACCAGCAGCAGCCUAUUCCUCCCACCAACCACCCCGCCCCAUCCCCCAACCCCUCCCCACUGGCUGCCUUCGGCUCUUCUCUCCCUGCCACUCUCUCCCCCGGUGCCCUCUCCUACCUUCGUAUGGAGAUUGGUUUCGAAGGCGCCGUGUUAUCAGAUUGCCUGGAGAUGGGGGCGAUAGUGAAGCAUGUGGGUGUGGGAGAGGCAGCAGUGCUGGCUGUAGCAGCAGGGGUGGAUAUGGUGUUGGUCUGCCACACGGAGACCAGACAGGCAGAAGCUGUUAAUGCGCUGGCGCACGCGCUACAGUCCGGGCGGCUCUCAGUGAAAAGAUUCCGGGCAGCUUCCCGGGCAGUUGAUGCGCUGGCGCGAGUGUUUUGGCGGCCGCCCCCGCCCGAGGGGAGUGAGGUGGAGGAGAGGUAUUGGGAGGAGGAACAGCGGGUGGUAGGGUGUAGGGAGCAUAGGGAGGUUGUAGCAGAGAUAGAACAUGAGGCGUUGGCGCGGGGAGAGGGGGAUGAUUGGAAGGAGAAGGAGAGGAGGGAGGGUGGUCGGCGGUGUACUAUAUCGUAA